UCUCAGAGGGUUUCUUCGGGGCUGGGAUGCGUUCAUCGCAUGUCUGCUGGCGCUUGAUUUGGCCUACCGCCGAGCCAGAGAGAGAGAGAGAUGCAGUGCUUGCCCCUUUGCUGAUCCUUGACGUCAACUGGAGACCCUGCGGUUUCGGCCACGGGUGGCUUCUGGUGCGUGCCUGUGCCUGGCAUGAUGGCGUCUCGCGGACCAAGCUGGUGGAUAUGUCGGCCCUGCAGAGCCCUAGACGCCCGGAGCCCGGGGAAUCGAUCCCAUCCCACGGAAAACCCGCGAAACGCCAAACGGGCGACUGCGCGACUGCCAGGGGCCCAUCGUCACCCGUUUCCUCGUCUCGGUGGCAUGGAAGAGCCGGGGCCCCGAGGACUUUCGUCAAUUUUUCUUUCCCCCUGCGAUCUGUGUGCAUCCAUACGGGCCAAAGCGCUGACGUUUCGAGCUCCACCCAAUGCAAUGCAAACCCCGGGAAGCGUGCUGCCCGCCGAGUCUGAAACGGAUGGGCUGGAGACGCGCGAGAAGAGCUUACUCGACUGGACUGAGUCGCUUUUCCCCUGCAAGUUUGGAGCCGAGAUCCACGCGUCGCUUGGUGGUUCGUCCAGCUUGGCCUGGUCGGGCGAGCCCUUGUUUGGUUUCUUUACCGGGAGUUUGCCUCGCCUGGGAGAUCAGCAGGCGGAUAGAUGGGAAGAGAGUGGACAUUCCAGAGGCCCCUGCGGUUCUCUAGUCCUUUCGGCUUGAAUUCUCUAUCCUUAAGUCCCAGAGGAUAUAUCCUUUCAGCCAUAUGAGAUGAGCACGUGAGCAGCCUCAAAGUAGGUAGAACCCGUCGUUCGGCGACGAAGCCGUCCUCAUAGGGAGGUGCACUGUAGGACCGAUGUAAACCCAUGAGAUUUCAUACUGUGGAGUCAGUCCUGAGGCAAAAAAAAGGAAGAAAAAAAGGCCCCGGAUGUUUAGGCAGUUCUUUGGCGUGUCGUGUCGCAAUGGAGCAGUAAUCGAUUGCGAGUGCUUUUUUCUUCCCGCCUAGAUUGACUUUCCGGUACCUGAACCUUGGCGGGUUCCAGUGGGGGUGGUGGCAAAAGACCAACCAGCCAGUCAGAACUUGAUUGCUUCCCGUCUCAGCAAUCCGGACGCAUACACGAAGACACAAAGUUAAGGUGCUGUGUUUUGUUGAAUACGAA